CCUAAGUUAGGUCUUUCGAUUCGAGUCCUAAUCCCUAUUUCUCUCCCCUUUAACACGUUAUCUCUUCAUCCGUAGGUCAGUAUCUAGGAAUACACCUCACGGUGUGCGCGGUUUCCUUCGACAGCAGAGCAAAUUGUGCAAUAGCAAUGUCCAAAUCCAAAGUGGAAGCCAAGAUCGGGAGCUUCUUCAAUUCCGUCUCUAACUUCUUCUCCGGCGGCGACCAGAUCCCCUGGUGCGACAACGACGUCGUCGUUGGCUGUGAGAGGGAGGUUGCUGAGGCCCAAAAAGGUUCUUCUGAUGAGCUUUUGAACGAAUGUAUCAUGCGUUUAUCAUGGGCUCUUGUUCACUCAAGACGACCAGAAGAUGUACAACGUGGGAUCGCAAUGCUUGAAGCUUCUUUGGCCAGUAAUAACAGCCCACUGCAAACGAGAGAGAAGCUAUAUCUUCUGGCCAUUGGGUAUUACAGAAGUGGUGAUUAUUCAAGAAGUAUGGAUCUCGCGGAGCAGUGUUUAAUGAUCGCACCUGAUUGGAGACAGGCACAGACCCUGAAGAAAGCAAUUGAAGACCGGAUCAAAAAAGAUGGUGUCAUUGGUAUAGGCAUUGCUGCAGCUGGAGUUGGAUUGAUUGCUGGUGGGAUUGCAGCAGCUCUGGCUAAGAAGAAGUGAUCCAACUCUUUUGAGCUCGAUCACCUCUCUGCAAAAGAAACCUCUUAUUUGAAAAUGUUUGAUUAUCGAAUUCCAAUGCCUUGCUAUGACAUUUUCUUGUGUUAGCCAACUAUUGUUUGAUGUAACCAUACUUUCAUGUAUACAGAAGAUUGUAAGAUAUAACGUUUCGGGUA